AUGGAGGGCUGCUGGAGAGAGGUGCUGGCCAUGCUGGUGGUCCUGGCUGGGCUUGCAGCUCCUGGAUCCGGUUAUCAGAUCAUAGAAGGUCCCCACAAUGCGACCGUCCUGGAGGGCUCCGAGGCUCGCUUCAACUGCACCGUGUCCCCCGGCUGGAAGCUCAUCAUGUGGGCUCUCAAGGGCACGGUGGUCCUGAGCGUCACCCCCAGGGAGCCCAUCAUCACCAACGACCGCUUCACCUCCGCGAGUUACGAGGACGCGGGCGGGAACUUCAUCUCCGAGAUGAUCAUCCACGACGCGCAGCCCGGCGACUCGGGGUGGGUCAGAUGCAGCCUCCAGAACAGUGACCGGGAAGGACUGGCUUUCCUUGCUGUCCAAGUCAUGGGAGCGCUGCACAUUCCCAAUGACAGCAUUGUAGUCACUGAGGACGAGCCUUGUACUGUCACUUGCCGCGCCCUGGGCUGGAGCCCACUCCCGAAUAUUUCCUGGGAGGUCGCCGUCCCCGUAAGCCAGUCGAGCUAUUACUCCUUCCUGGAGCCCGGCGAGCCCCGCAGCACGGUGAGCGUCCUGGCCCUCACGCCGCAGGGCAACGGGACCCUGACUUGUGUGGCCAACCUGAGGAGUGUGCAGGCCCACAAGGCCGUGGCUGUCAACCUCACGGUGGUCCAGUCGCCGUCUGGCAACACGGAACAGUCAGGUGCAUCGUUGCCCACCUGGGCCAUCGCUCUGCUCGCAGUGUUAUGCGUGUCCGUGUUUAUCCUGAUAGUUGUUCUGAUCAUCGUUUUCUGCUGCUGUUGUUCCUCUCGGAGAAAGAAAAAAGAGUCUGUUUACCAAAUUAAAAUAAGGAAUUCUGAAAACGACAACACAAAGAAAGGAACUUCUGAGACAAAGUUAAAAAACGAAAAUGAAAACUAUGCAUUCAGUUCAGAUGCACCAAGGACCAGACAGACGGCUCGUCUCCCUCCCAAGUCCAGGGAAGCCCGCGCCCAGGGACAGCCGAGCAGCAGCCCUCCUCCCCAGGAACCCAGAAAACAACAGCCGGCCCCAGCAAGCCGUCCACAGGUCUCUUUUAAUAUUGCCAGUCCUCAGAAGGUCAGGAGCGCGACUUUAGUAUAGCGAAGGCUUCUCUGGGGACCUGUUUUGUACCUGCUGACAAGUGACGUCACGGGGCCUCCAUCCAUCUGCCAGCAUCACCUGGCCCCGUCGGACAGUUGGAGCGGGUACCUUAUGGUGGCAGGAGCAGUCUGUUUUCCCAGAGGCCAUGGAGAAUGUGGCUUCUGAAAUGUUUCAUGGUUUUAUCGAAUGCCUGAAAGUUUCCAAGCAAAACCCU